GAGGCAGUGAAGACGGACCGCAUAGCCUACACACGCACUGUCCUCCACCCUUGCUGGAAAACAUGUCUGUGCACAUAGUAUUUCCCCCUUUUCACACCUUUUAAUUUUUGGCUUACAUUUUUCUAUUUGCUGACGCUUUCCUGUUUCCUGUUUUCUGAACCAUAAUGACGCUCCUCAGCUUUGACUUCAAUUUUUUAUGACUAAAACAACAUUGGGAAAAUGAGAGGGGACAGUUAAAGGUUUAAUUGCUUUUUCAUCGGCAUCAGCUGUUUUUCCCCUCAUUUUAUCCAUUUAUUCCUCGCACUUCAUGCAAAUCCGGGGGACUAUGUGAACAUCAUGCUGGCGCUGCGAUGCCUGGUGUUUGCUGCAGUGAGUGCACGGUUUGCCGUGACAGGCUGGAGCAGCUCCGUGAAGCGGGAUGCGGUUGUGUGGGAACGGGCAGCGCCGGAGCGAGGUGGAGAGUACAGCGGGGCUGUGGAGGAGAUCAUCAAGCCCAGACGCCUGCUGCAACAGAUCGACUCGGAGGCAGAGUUUGUACAUGGCCAUCUGGACACCCGGGUGAAGAACCACACCGAGGUCGCACAACCUGUCCAUUUGGCCCAGAGCAGUUUCCUGAUCGAGGCCUUUGGCUGCUCCUUCAUCCUGGACCUAGAGUUAAACCACGAUCUCCUGUCCUCCGAGUAUAUGGAGCGGCACUUCGACGAGGACGGGAAGCCUGUGCAGACUGUGGGCGGUGAGCAUUGCUAUUAUCAUGGGAAGGUUCGAGAUGUACCAGGUUCCUGGGUUGCUCUCUCGACUUGUCACGGCCUGCGAGGACUGUUUUCUGAUGGGAAUUUCUCUUAUGGGAUUGAACCAGUUCAGGGUGACAGUGAUCAGGAGGAGGAGGCGCAUGUGGUGGGCAGGAUGCCCAAGCUGGAGCUGGCCUCACUGUGUCCAGACUGCAAGCAGAACCGCAGUGGAGGUAACGCUGACAUCGAUGGCGACCGCAGUGAUGGUGACAGCGACAUCUUUUUUGAGCCAGAAGAGGAACCUGCCUUUAUGAAGGGGCUGCGGCGUUCAAAGAGACAGGUGCGCCGGACCCAGCCCACAGUCCAGAGCGAGACCAAGUAUAUUGAGCUGAUGGUGGUCAAUGACCAUGAGUUGUAUUUGCAUAUGCGAAAAUCUGCCUCCCAGACCAGGAACUUUGCCAAAGCUGUGGUCAACAUGGCAGAUGCGAUCUACAAGGAACAGCUGAACACCAGGAUCGUUCUGGUUGCCAUGGAAACGUGGUCAUCACAGAACAUGGUCUCCGUUGGCGAUGACCCCCUGCUGACCCUGCGUGACUUCAUGAAAUACAGGAAAGAGAACAUAAAGGAGCACAGUGAUGCGGCACACCUCCUCUCGGGGCGCACCUUCCAGAGCAGCCGCAGCGGGACGGCGUACAUAGGAGGCAUCUGCUCUCUCACGCGGGGUGGCGGCGUCAAUGAGUAUGGGAACGUGGGUCCGAUGGCCAUCACUCUGUGCCAGAGCCUGGGUCAGAACAUCGGCAUGAUGUGGAACAAGGAACGCGCUGCAGCAGGGGACUGUAAGUGUCCAGACCCUUGGUUGGGCUGUAUCAUGGAGGACACAGGAUUCUAUCUCCCCCGGAAGUUUGCUCGCUGCAGUGUGGAUGAGUACAUCCGCUUCCUGCAGGCAGGAGGCGGUAGCUGCCUCUUCAACAAGCCCAACAAGCUGUUGGACCCCCCUGAGUGUGGGAAUGGGUUUGUGGAGACUGGCGAGGAAUGUGACUGCGGAUCACAAGUGGAGUGUUUGAGGAGCGGGGGCGCGUGCUGUAAGAAGUGCACUCUGACUCACGAUGCCAUGUGCAGCAACGGACUGUGCUGUCGCGGCUGCAUGUAUGAACUGAGGGGAGUGGUGUGCCGGGAACCUGUGAAUGACUGUGACAUCGCAGAAACCUGCACUGGAGACUCCAGCCAGUGCCCUCACAAUGUCCAUAAAUUAGAUGGGUACACGUGUGACAACAAUCAGGGUCGGUGCUACGGGGGUCGCUGUAAAACUAGAGACAGGCAGUGCAUGAGGCUCUGGGGCCACAAUUCAGCGGACCGUUUCUGUUAUGAAAAGCUGAACACCGAGGGCACAGAGAAGGGAAACUGUGGCCGGGAUGCCAGCGGGCAGGGCUGGGUGCAGUGCAGCAAACAGGAUGUAUUGUGUGGGUUCCUGCUUUGUGCUAACAUGACAGUGAAACCAAAGUUUGGCGACCUGCAGGGUGAGGUGACCAGCCUUACGAUUUACCACCAGAACAAGUACCUGGACUGCCGAGGUGGCCACGCCCUGUUGGAGGAUGCCUCAGACCUGGGCUACGUGGAAGACGGCACGCCCUGCGGGCCUAACAUGAUGUGCCUGGGCCAGCGCUGCCUGCCUCUGGCCACCUUCAACCUCAGCUCCUGCCCGGGCACCCCGUUUUCCCACACCUGCUCCCUCCAUGGGACGUGCAGUAAUGAAGUGAAGUGUAUCUGUGACCGGGACUACACAGGGAAAGACUGCAGUAUCAGGGACCCCAUUCCUGACCCCAAACCCCCAGAAGACCCUAUAUCUAAGGGUCCCAGUGGCACCAAUAUCAUUAUAGGGUCCAUCGCAGGUGCCAUUCUCCUGGCAGCUAUAGUCCUAGGGGGAACAGGAUGGGGAUUUAAAAACAUCCGAAGAGGAAGAUCUGGUGGAGGAUAAGAUAUCUAUCUGCUCUUCUGUCUUCCUUGCACUGUGUCCUUUUACUUAGAAGAAGAAGAGAAGUCUUCCAUUCUUUAGAGAACUACAACUCCCACAGUUCUUUUCAUUAUUUCCUCUCCUCCUCUCUCAAAUAUUCUGUCUUUACUUCAAAACUGUGUCUCUGGCUUCAGCGGACUCUCUCACAUGCAUUCCAGCCACAUGUAACUGCCAGUUGAUCCACACAGGUGGUGGCUGCUCCUCAAAUGUCCAGGGCAAAUCCUUUUUUUUACUCUGCCAGAGGCCUUCAAAUGGUGACAGGGUAGGCUCUCAGAACUACAAUGUCCCAAGGCUAAAUUAUUCCCCCGGUUUUGAAUAUUCAAGUAUGUCUUGAAUGUUAAGUGGACACUAGGGAUAAUUAUCUCAUGAAUUGUAUUGACCAAACAACUCAGAAUGCAGGCCUCACCCUAUUUUAGUUCUUUUGAAAUACCGGCACUGACUGGCUAUCUGACUGUCUCACUUAAUCUACUUACUCAGCGGUGCAUUAUUAAGCUGCCAGUUCCGAUGUAUUCAAAUUCUGAAGGUGGCCAUCAUGGUUUUUUUUACCAGUGAUGGAAUAGGAAGACAGACCCAGCUGGUCAGCAAGGAGAUGAAUGAUCUAGAAGCUCUUGCCUUAUUUCAAUCACAUUUCUGUCUGCCGUCUUCACUGAUGCACUGAGCCGUGGAUGAGGUUUUUAUCUUUUGCAUUCAUAGUGCUGUUGGUGUUUACUUUUUUGAAAAGGAAUUAAAUUAAUUCUGGUGAACCUGAAGGUGCUGUGAAAAUGCUUAAAUAGGCUGGUGAUGUAUGAUGAAGCUGACCAGAUAUUAGGAAUAUUAUUAUCCGUCUCUGUCUUUGUCAAUAUAGAUACAAAUUGAAUGUCCAACGAAAGUCCAUAGAGCAGGCCCUGAGUAACCACUGCUGUGGGACCUGCCUUCUCUCAGAAAUCGAAACGGAAGCCAUUUUAUUAGGUCUUGUUAUAGAGGGCAAGACAGAUAUGCUUUGUUCUGCUAUUUCUGUAAUAGCUACAUUCCUUUACAGUAUGCCCUACUCUGUCAGAUGGCAGAAGUAAAGAUGGGAAGGGCAUUACACCUGUAGGCUGUUUCCAAAGAUGGAUAUACUUAACGGAAAGGACCCUUCAGUACUCCAGGUGUGACAGUGUGGCUAUUUUGGGCGACAGGUGGAAAUAAGACCCUCUUCUGUGUAUUUUAAUCGUAGGCAUAUCUACUAACAUUCCACAAUUAAUGUAACAAAAUAUUUCUAUAUGCAUAUUGUAGAUUUACUCUGCUUUUUAAAGAUUGUUCUCCUGUAACAUUUCACCUACCGCAUCAUAGGAGUUUUAUGAUCCAGUACGACAUGCAUUAAUGUGUGAAUGUGCGAUUGCACUUGUGAAUGCAUGUGUGUGUGUGUCUGAUAUACACUGAUAUAUACACAUAGAUAGAUAGCUAGAUAGAUAGAUAAUUACACAUUAAUAUAUUCAAUGAUACUAUUCAUUACAUACUCCAUUAAUGGUAGGAGUGUGCAUACAUGUAUGUGAAAUAUGUGUGAAUUUGUAUAUAGUGUAUAUAUGAGCAGCCCACGUGUUUUUAGAGGACUGUACAGCUAAAGUGGUCAGUCUUGUAUGCACAAGUGUGUGAGUGAAUAUUUGCAUCCCUGAACCUCUCUUCUUGCACUGCAGUGGUGAAAGCAGUUUUUGUUGCCAGAUUUAGUGGUGUUUGAGGAUGGCCUGUAUUUCAUUUUGGAUGUUUAUUCUCACACUUGACAUGUAGUCACAUAAAAUCAAACUGUUAAUUGUAACAUAAAUAAUACAGUUGCAGAAUAGGGUAUACUGCAGUACGUACAAUUUCAUAGGCAAAAUGUAAGUAAGUGACAGUUACAUUUGAAGAGCGUUCAAAGUCUAUAAAAGAGGAUAAUUUUACAUGUAUAUAUGUUAACCGUGAUGAAUCCUGGGAGUGCCUUGCACAUAGUCUUUAUUAGGGCGAAACAAGUGGUGGACAAACUGUAUUACCCGCAGGUGUGAACUGCCCAAAACUGGAUUCAUGUAAAUGCGAUGGGGUGACAGUAUCUGCUGUGGAAACACUGCCAGGCAGAUAUAGUAUUGAAUUCAGCAUUCAUUGCAUAUACCAAGCAUUAAUAACUGUGGUUAAAUGGUGCAAGUCACAAGGAUUGUUUUGCACCCCCUGCUAUCUCAGUGUGCCCACCACUGUGCCCUCCAUCUGUCCAUGCUGUUGUACAGUUUACUGAAAAUAAACCCUCUGUAAAUAUUGCAUUGUAAGCUUGCAAGGACCAGGGUCUGUAUGUAGUCAGGUCCUGAUCUGCCUGCAAAGCAGUUAUGAGUUACAAAUGCUGGCCAAGACCAGUUUUCUAUGUGUCAAUGCGGUCGUCAUGGAAUUCUUGAAUGUGAAAUACAUUUUUAAAUGCUACAUGCAAUUAUACCAUAUGUACUAUAUGGUGUUUGCUAUUAUUCUAUCAGACUCCCACAUGUCAUCUUGGUCAAAUGGAACAUGUAGUGUGCUCCUGGUAUUAAAGGGAAGAGUUAAUGGUUUGCCCAUUUUUAGAAUAGGACCCCUUUCUUUGUGACUACGUGCCUGCCAGACCUGGGCCGGGCACAGCAGUUACAGAACACGUUCAAGGUUGGAACUGCUCUUAAACUGGAUAAGAUGUCCUUUCUGAAUAGAGAAAUGCCAGUUAAAGAGUGGAGUAUCAAAAUGGUUGCUUGCAAUUUAAAAACUGUCUGGGUCACAUCUGCUGCCUCAGCCUGUUUACUACAGCAUGGCUGGACCAAGGCCUUCAACGCUGCAUUACUUUCUGACUUCUGUCUGCAUUAUCUGUGUGCCUUCUGAUUCCCUGCUCUGGCCUAAUCAUACAUUCAAGAGUUGAUCUUUGAAUGCUGUUAUUUUCUCAUACAAAACAUUGGACCAAUGCUGGUGACGUCCCUUUGGUUGGAUAUGUGUAGUAGACCAUAAGGAGAACCCAUAAGCGGGUUACAUGCCGCAUUGCUUUUUUGUGUACCCAGUGAAUCUGUUUUGCUGCACUGUACUCCCAGAAAAAAAUUAAGCAAACUAAAUGCAACAAAGCAGUCAAUGGAAAUUUGGACAAUAUAGAUUUUGAAACCUAUCAUUUUGGACAGUCCAUCAGUAGGUGAGACUGCCAUGGUCUGCUCUAAAUGUAAAAGUUUUGUAGAUUAAAUACAAACCAUGGUUACUAUGACUCAAAGCAGGGAUGUUAUGUAAAUGUCUGUAUCUUUCUGCUUUUGAAUUCUGAAACAGCAACACUUUAAAAGGAGCACAAAACAGGCUUUUGUACAAGUGACCUGAGAUUGAUUGCUGUAUAUAUACACGUCUUUGUAUAUAUAUUAUAAAAUAUACAUUUAUAAUGUACAGUAGUGUUACACAAACCCUGUAUGCACAUAGCUAAGUAUGAUCUUUCAAUCUAUUAAAUAUGUACCUAUCUAUCUAAAAAUGUACCUAUCUAUCUAUCUGUUCAUAUUCAUCAUACAGUUUAACAUUGUAUAUUUGUUGAUAGCUCUCAACCUCCUGGUCUCCUAUACCCAGGUGGCUUAAUGUGUAUAUAUAAGAUGCGCUUUUAACAUGAAGUAUUUGUUGCUGGUUGACUGCUUGGGUGAAAGGGUGGUGAAAGUCUGUAUUUCCUUAUUUUAAAUGUGAUGAACACAUUAUUUGUCUGAGGUAUGGUUCAAUUCAUUUGCCUAUUUUGUCAUCAGACAAAAGAUGUGUAUUUCCCAAGCAGUCAACCUCAUAUUUUUAAAGCUAUCUUUUUAAACUAAGGACAGUUGACACAACUGCAAUUCAACUGUGAAUGAUACUUAAAAAGUGAAAAUAAAAUCAAAAAGCAAAGUGA